AUGAAGGUAUCCUUAGCUCUUUCGCUUCUUGCUCCCGGCCUUGCUUCUGCUCAGCACUCAAUGGAUCAACCCCACUACCUUGUUGGUCUUUUGAACUAUCCAAAUUCCUUUGUCCCAGAAGUCCUUCAAGGGCACACCAGUGGAACCUACAUUGAUCCUGAUGCCUCCAGCGGCGUAACAGUUCCUUUCUCCGAUGUCCCAGGAGUUGGGUUCAGUGAUAUUGAAAUGUAUUACGAUGAUAAUGGAAGCCCCGUCAGUGGGCAGUUUUACGUUUUAAGUGAUAAUGGCUUUGGGAGCUCUGACAACUCCGGAGAUUAUGCUCUCAAUAUUCAGCACCUAAAGAUCCAGAAGCCUUUCACAUACCGUCAUGGAGAAUCCAAUUUCGAAAAGUACACAGUUGUCGAGAACUUGGGAACGGCUCUCAUUCACGACCCUGAAGGUUUCAUUCUCUGGGAAAAUGGAGCGGAUAUUCAGGUCGCCUACCAUACCCCAGACGAAACCUGGGAUGACUACAAGGAUCUCCGUGUGUUGACCGGCCGUGACUUUGAUGUGGAAGGUCUCGCCGUGAUCAACCAGACCUGCGCCGUUGUGGGUGAUGAAUUGAUGCCUGCCAUCUUUAUGGUCAACCCCAAGACUGGCGUUGUCCUCUCUCCGUUUGUUCGCACUCCCGAUAUUGACAGUGCUGGAAACUUUAACGGCGCCUUCUUGUCUACCCGUGGUGACAAGGUCCACUGCACCAUUGAAGAAUUGGAGAGCGACGAUCAAUGCACUUCUGUUGACUCUUCCGUGGUCGAUGAUAGUGAAUACCGCAAGCAUGACCCUUCUGGCGGUUACGAGGGGUUCUCCCUUUUGGCAGACGGGACCAUUGCUGCCUUUGUGGAAAAGAACUCAGGAGACACGUCCCUCAGCGAUGAACCGGGCGUCCGCGUUUACCAUGUUAUCCCCGGUGAUUGCAGCUCUGGAUCAGCGCCAGUCUUUGAGUCCUUUUUGGGGUACUACAAGUUUGAACACAAUGCUGGCAACAUUGCCGAUGUCUCGGCAAUCCCUGGAUCCUCCCGCUAUGUGGCAGUGAUUGAGCGCAAUGGAUUCCCAUCUGGGCACAUGUUCCCCGCUCCUCGAAUGCCAGCAAACAAGGUCUGUAUCGUGGAUCUGUUUGACCUGGACCAAGACAUGGUGAUGCAGAAUAAGAAAUGCAUCCUCAACUACCACAAUAUUGACGAUCCUUGGGAUGUGGACGGUAACGGUAUCUUCAAGUAUGCUCAGACUCAAGUGACAAACGAAGCACUGGUUGUCGUGGAUGACUACUGCAUUGUGGCCGGCACUGACACCAACUACCCCUGGACAAAUCAGUUUGCUCUAGAUGAAUCCGUGGUACCAUAUUACGAAGAGGUUGCCGACGCUCGUUUCAUGGUGGUCUGCUUUGUGGAACCCAUCUUCAACUUGGAAAUGUUGGCCGAGUUCAUGGCAGCCCCCGAUUUCUUGGCUGUCGUUCGCCAAGAUCCCAAUGAAGUUUCCGAAGACGGCUUGGGUGGUGGCAGCAGAAGGAAGUUGCGUCAUCAGCGCCAUUAG